AUGCUCUGUGGUCGUCGCCAUAUGAUAUACUUGCGUUCUUAUCCUUGGAUUUUUGGCGAUCGGGACGAGCAAUCGUUGUUUUUGCGGCCAUUAUUUGGCUUUUCCCUCUCAUCGUCACGUUCGCCUGGAACACUCCCUGUUGCGCCAAGAAUUAGCAAUAUUAGGCGAAAUUGCUCGGUACCAAUAUUCGAUUUGGGUUCGUCAACAGUUUUGGCUGAUCUCGAAAAUUCAGCCUCGAAGCCAUAUUUACGCCCUUCGUCUCUUGCUUCACGCGUUAUCGGUGGUACACUACUUGCUAAUCAACCACUCCCCCCGAAGACUAUCUGCUCCAAUAAUUGUUCCUACACAAUAUCCAUUGCAGCCCCGUCCUUCUCUUGCAACGUCGGUGCACAAAAUACGACUGCACUGAUGUACGACCCAGACGGUCUUCCCUCAAAUGCAAAACCGCCACCCUAUGUGGCCGCUGGCUUUAGCGGGUCCCUUCCAUCCGCGUUCAUCGCCGAAAACUUCGUCGACGGCGGCAAAUGGGACUUUGAAAUCAUGCGAACCAACUAUACUACAUUCAACGCUAUUCAACCUGCUAUGAAUGUGACGUGUAUCACCUGGAAUUCGACUUACCACCUUAAUUACACAUUCUCCGGUGUCUCGUCCUCGAUUUCUGUUGACCAAAUCGUCCGUCAACAACCCGCUAUCAAACUGUCGCCCAAUGUAACCGAAGGCACGGGAGGCGCAUUUAUUCCUGGCUCCAAUCUUGUUCAUUCGCGGUUUUAUAACGCCACGGCCAACUACUACGGCAUUGUCUCCACCAUUUACACAUAUAUACUGGGUAACGCAACCGUAUACGAGUCAGGCAAUUCGGCCAAUCUUGUUUACAGCCCUCCCCGUCUCGCUGUGAUGGAUCUCCCCCUUCUCAAUGAUGAAGCCUCCGACCUACAGAGCGGCAACAUAACUUGGAGCUCGAAUUUCACAUCCAAUCUCGAAGCACUCAUGACCAACUCCGUACUCUCUAUCCUCACGCUCGACCCGACCCAAAUGAUAACGACUUCGUGCACAUUUUUCGACCACCUCCCUCACUACAAUUACAAUGCGCGUCGUCUAUGGCUUAUCUACGGGAUAGGCUUGGGUAUUUCGCUGCUCUGCGGCCUUGUUGGGAUAAUAUUGCUGGUGCACGGAGGACCCAGCACUACCGGUACUGCUUUUAGCGACUUUUUGGUGGCAACGAGAAACCUAGAGCUCGAUACGCUCGACUUGAGGAAGGAUAAGACUACGCGGCUAAAGUAUGGGCCAUUGGCAGGCGACAAUGGGCGAUAUGCAUUUGGUCGGCAUGGCCAAACGUCUUUCAAGUUACUGGAACGAACAAAUAGCGAUUCCGAAGAGCUUUCAAUCGAGGCUUGA